AUUUUACUUGCUGUUUUUCUUAUUUGUUGGCUUCCAUUUACAAUAUCUUAUCCAACAUCAAUAAUUUAUCCAAAUAAAUUUCCAAGUGGACUUCAAUGUAUCAUAUUUUGGUUUGGUUAUGUAAAUUCAUUAUUAAAUCCAUUUUUAUAUGUGUAUAGUUCGCGUAAUUUUCGUCAAGCUAUUAUUGAAACAUUAUGUUGUCAUUUUCGAUUGCAAUCGCGACAGCGUUUUCGCUAUCAAUGGUCAUUUCGUACUGUUCCGAAAUAG